GCCCCGUUCCGGCAGCCGGUGGCAGUGGAGACGGGAAAGGAUGAGGGACUCUCGCUUAUGCAGAUGGCGCUGGAAUGGCUCCCGGCGCUCCAAGAGGAGCUUGAGCACCUGAAAGCCAAUGGGGUGAAGAUUGGUGGACAUGUCAGCCAACUCCGCCAUCACCUGGAUGCCAUCAUUCCGGGGUGCGGCAACAGGGAUGAGGCCUUGACUCUACAGUCCCUGCUGGUGUCGUACGAGGGUGAGGAGGACCCGGACGUAGACAAGAAUGAAGUGGCGAUUGGAAUCAUCAUGCGGGACGUCCAGGAGGAGCGUGUGAUGCGCGGCCGAUGCAAACGAGCCCGAAUGGCCCAGAUGGAUGACGACCGUGCACUUGCUGAAGCCAUGGAGAAGGACGCGG